CACCGGGAUCGCCUCAACGCCGAGCUGGACCACCUAGCCAGCCUGCUGCCACUGCCACCCGACAUCAUCUCUAAGCUGGACAAGCUUUCGGUCCUGCGCCUCAGCGUCAGUUACCUCCGGGUGAAGAGCUUCUUCCAAGUGCCCCAGGCCAAGCCUUACGCUGCAUGUGGCCUAGCUGAGCUCCUGAGGAAGAAACGUGGUUGUCACCACUCUGCUUCAGACCUGGGACUGCUGCCAUCACCCCUCAGUUACGUCUGAGCUUCUUACAAAAUCCUGAAUUUGUUACACGUCUUUGGGAGCAGGCACCCUCCUGGGAGGAGCUGAGACACCCUAGGCCAGUGCUUGGACAUUGUGGCCCCACCUGCUCCCCAGAAAACGUACAUCUUUGACCUGCUGGUGGGCACGUGGUACUUCUCACUUUCACUCCAACCUCCUUUGGAUUUCUUGAGUGUAGAGAGACUCCAGCCCCACUAGCCCCUGGAGGCACGUGGCAGGCCCUCACAGGGCCAUCAUGAAGCCCCUCUCACUGGGCAUCAGGCGAGGAGAGAGCCCCCACCCAUCUCCUGGUGCAGGUGGGGGUGUGGGAUGAACAGCACAGCCCUCCAAGGAGGCCCGUCUCCCAGCUUCAAACAUCUCUCACCUCUGACAUCUUUGCAGCCUUGCCGAGGUCACCUGGGAUCUCACUUUGGAACCCAGGCCUUGCUCAGAGUCACCCCCUCUGGAGGCCUCCUCCAGCCACACUGGGACCCUCAGUGCUCGCCUGUGUCCCCAGGCGGGGGCUGGAGAAAUGAAUGACCGUGGGCAAGCGAGUGACCCGGCCAUAGGAAAGUCCACAAGCUGAUGCAGUAUAAUCCUGGGGUGGACUCUUCUGUUUUCUAAGUACGGCUCUGCGUGAAAUGAGCACGUUUAUUCACACUCCUGAAGUUUCUUCUCGCCUAACUGAACUUGGGGCUUUGACUGGCAGUUUGAAUCCCUCCUCUCCCGCAGCCUAGCUGUGGGGUUUGGAAGGACGGGCACCCCUGCCCGUACCGCCUGCUGGCGCCCCCUCCCCAACCCGCCUCCCGCCGUGGUUAGGUAAGAGCGCCUCUGGCUCCUGCUGUUUUCUUCCCAAGUGCUUCCUGCCACCUUCCCCGUGCUGGGUAGGCGGACCCCUGGAUGCGAGAGCACAGAACUCGGCGAGCAAGUCCGUUCCUGGCGGCCCAGGUGCAGAAAACCUGUCCAGAAGGAGACUGAGAGUCAGCAGUGUCCUCUGCAGACAGCACUUUCUUCCAGCCUGUAUGAUUCAUGUUCAUCUUCCAAAGGCAAAACAAGGAGUUUAUCGUUUAGUUCUUGAAAAGUGAAGGGAGGAGAGUUUGAAUGUCUGAAAACUUAAGUGGUCCAUUAAUUUGAGGCCAGGAUUGCAGCGGGGUCUGAAGGCACAGUGCGGCGGGGAGCUCCACGCCCUCCGUCUGGCCCCGUCCCGGACACCAGGCCUGGUCACCGGUCUCCCCCGGCAGGUGCAUUGCACUGCAUGGGAGCCCCCCGCACGCCCGCGCAUCACGGAGAAGAGCGGGUGUCAGGAGAGGUGAGCCGGGGCUCUUCAGGGUUCCUGUCAACUCCUGGACUCACGUGGCCUCUGGGCCCCAAGACUUGUCGCCAGGGUCACCCAGAGUGGGGCCUGGCGGUGGGAGCAGUGGUGAGUGGAGCCGGUUAACAGCCCAGCCUGUGAAGGCGGUCGUUCCCCCACGUCCUGGACCUCUGACUCACAGGAGGGCGUGCCGGGCCCCGCAGGUGGUGACAGGGGAGCCCGCCGGAAGGUCCUGCGCGCCCAGCCCCCGGGCCUGGUCUCAGCCGUACGAGGGGGACGGCCGCCAGGGACUUGCCCCGCCGGUUACUCAGCUCGGCUGCUGUGACAAAUACACAGACCUUUACUUCUCACAGUCCUGGAGGCUGGAGGUCCGAGGUCAGGUGCCCCAUGGUCGGGCUCUGGUGAGGACCGCUUCUGGGUUGUCCCCACGUGGCGGAAGGGGUGAGGGAGCUCCCUGGGGUCUCUUAUGAGGACACUAAUCCCAUUCGUGGGGCUCCACCCUUGCGACCCAAAGGCCCCUCCUAACACCAUCACCCUGGGGGGCCAGGAAUCUGGGGACACAGGCAUCCAUCCACAGGCCUCGUGGAGGUUGGCGCUGAGUUGGCGGCAACAAGAUGUGGACGCAGAACAUCAGGACAUUUACGGGGCACCCGCUGCCCCACGCCGCUCAGAGCUCCUCAGGUAUGCGAGAAAUCAAGGAAGUGAGAGGAAGGCUGGUUCCGGUUGAUUCUACAGCCAGUUGGUGGACAGCCUGGACCGGGCAGUGAGAACCUCAAGUGCGGCUGAGCUCGGGCCUGAGUGGGGGAGGGAGCCAGGGCUCCAGGCGGAGCAGCGGGUCCAGGCUGGUCUCAGGGUCCAGGCUGGGCUGCGCGAGCCCCUGGGAGCCCGUUCAUCUCCGGGAGGGGCGGCCCUGGCUGGGCCUCCCCUUCUGCCUCGAGACCCUGAGCUCUGUCUACAGACCAGAGGCGGCCCGGGCUCUGCGCUGCGGGAGGACGGCUUCCGUGGGACCAGGGCUCUUGGCCGCUCCCACCUGCCACUGCCCCUCAGGCUAGGCUGGGCAGGAGGAGGGCCAGCUGCCCACAGGGUGGGGCUGAGGGGACGCGGGUGCCACCGGGGGUCCCGUCUCACGUGGCUUGGCCCCCUUUCUGGGGACAGCGGCUCACCAGGGGCACGAGGCCCUUCGACGUGACAGGCCUUUCCGCCCCUGGCUGGACCGCAGGGGACGCCUCGAGCGCCGGGCCUUGGGGCACUGCUCCCCACAACCCCGUCCCCAAACGUCCCUUCUCGCGGGGCCUAGGGGGCCACAGCGACUCCUUCUCUGCACACUUUCACCAACUCCCCGUGGACCCCCGCCCCACACACCUGCUCCCUGCCAGCUUUUCUCCCCGGCCUGUUGCCAGGAGCGACCAGGAGCAGGCGGGGGCGGGGCGAGCCGUGGCGGCGGGCUUGCCCCUUGUCACGAGGGAGACCGGGCGGAGAGGGCGCCGGCGAUGGGGCCGGGGUCCGCCUGCAGCGGCCCCUGCCCAGAGCCCUGCCUCCCCUCCAGGGCCCCGCUCAGCGGGAGCUGGGCUCCCUCCGGGUCAGACCCUCGGGUGAGACGUGUGGUAGCAGGGAGAGGAGAGGAAGCGGCACCCUGCAGAGAGACGCUGGGACGAAGUACCGGACCCAGCCCUGCAGCAGCCGGCGGCCGGUGCCCCCUCACCAGGAGACAGGGACCCGCGUGGAGGGUCUGCCGUGCUGGAGGGAAGGCUGCUGCUGGAGUCCCUCCACGGCUUUGCUCUGGUGGUAAGCGCGGAAGGGAUGAUAUUCUACGCGUCAGCAACGAUUGUGGACUAUCUGGGCUUCCACCAGACGGACGUGAUGCACCAAAAUAUUUACGACUACAUCCACGUGGACGACCGCCAGGACUUCUGCCGGCAGCUGCACUGGGCCAUGGACCCUCCCCAGGCUGGGUGUGGGCAGAACCUGCUCUCAGAGACAGGAGAGGACGCCGUCCUGGGGAGGCUGCUCCGGGCCCAGGAGGGGGCCGCGGGCUGGCCCACCGAGUACUCGGCCUUCCUGACGCGAUGCUUCAUUUGCCGCGUGCGCUGCUUGCUGGACAGCACCUCAGGCUUCCUGACGAUGCAGUUUCAAGGGAAACUAAAAUUCCUGUUCGGGCAGAAGAGGAGGGCCCCGUCGGGCACCGCCCUGCCCCCUCGGCUCUCCCUGUUCUGCGUCGUGGCGCCCCUGCCUACCGCGGUGAAGAUGCAGGGCGUGUGUCUGAGGGCGAAGCACAGGGUAGACGUCUCGGCCACGCCGGACACGAAAGCAAAAGCUGCCGCAAGUCUCUGUGAACCAGAAUUGCACGGAAAACCCAAUUACUUAGCAGGGAGGAGCAACGGAGAAAAUGGCCUGUCCGUGUUCAGGAUGCCCGCGGACGCCUGCCACUGGGGCCGGCUUGCAACCCGGGCCCCCUGCCUGUGCCUCCGGGGCGGCCACGACCUCCUCCUCCAGCCCGAGGGGGCCGCAGGGGAUGGGCGAGGAGAGGAACUAGGGGGGGUGCCGAGGGGCCCCUCCUGCCCAAGGGAGCGGAGGGACGUCCUUCCGUACAGCUGCCACCUCGAGACACAGGGACCCUCGAAGCACCUGAACUGGACGCCGGGGAGACACGGUCAGGACGGCGGCACCAAGCUGAAGCUGGAGCCCGGCAAGGGCGACCCGUUCCCCGCCGCGCCGGCCCGAGGCGCCUGCCUGCCCUACCCGGGCACACAGGGCACUGUCCACGCCGUCAGAAGUUCGCCUGGCUCUCACCAGCCAAAGCCUCCCCCCGGGGCCUGCGCCGGCCGGACCAGCAGAGCCUUGCGGGAUGGCCCCCAGGGCCAGGCUGCCCCUCCCACCAGCUGCCCCUUCCCUCAGGGGAGCCUGGAGGACGGGCUUCCUCGGCCGGGAGGGCAGCGUCUCCCUGCGGGGUGCUAUCCCACCGAGGACAAGCUUCGAGGCGUCCCAAUGCCCCCGGGAGCCCCGUGUAACCCCGUAUUGUCACUCGAUGUGCCCAUCAAGAUGGAGAGCGAAUCCGGGUCCGAGGAUGCGGCAGACGGCUACUCUGUGUCCCCGAGCCAGGCGUGGCUGGGGGCCAGCGACGUGGCCAAGAGACAGCUGGUCACUUUCCCGACCAGGAUGCACCUGAAGACGGAGCCGGACUCCAGGCACCCCCUCUACAGCCCGCCCCUGGGGCCCGGCCUGCUGGGGGCCCAGCCCAGGCCCGGCAGGGAGCUGGCCCCGUUGCACCCCGCACACUGCGCCUGCCUGGAGCCUCCGCCCCGCCUCUGUGCUGGGGGCCACCAGCCCCCCAGCCUGGGCUGUGACUGCCACGCUCCCGGGCCUGCGCCCGUGGUCAAGCUUGAGCCCCUGGACUCGCCCCCGUGGGCCGCUCACAGCCAGGGCGGGGCGCCCGGGAUACUCCCCAGGAGCACCUUGGCGACACGGAUGCCACCCAGAGACCCCGAGUGCACAUUCCUGCCGUAGAGCAGGCGUCCGUAAAGGCUGACGCCCGUCCCUCGGCCGGCCGGGAUAGCAGUGCAGGGGCAGAGACUUUGCUGAGGGAGGCGCGUGCAAUAGCAGAUCCUGUAUCUCGUCAGACGCCACUGAAGUUCUUAAAUGCAGAGUGGUCUUAGGUCUGCUCAAGUGUGACAGUAUUGCCCUCUAAGGGGACACGGCUUCUCAGAAAAAGGCCGGAGCGAGCUGGGCCGCCUGGUGGGGCAGCACUCGGUGCUCUGAGAGGUGCAGCAAGUGAGGGCAGGCGACUGGCGACCUGGCCCGACCGCAGUGUCCAGCGCCCACCCCCAUUCCCGGCUUCCCCGACGCCGCCUCCGGCGAGUGGACCUCGGGUAGCAGCCUCACCCUGGGGGUCCCACUGCCGAGACAGCAAGUUGGGAAUCAAGCUUAUUGAGCGGCAGGUGACCACUUGCCCGUUCCUGGGAGGAGUCCAGAAGUUCCAGGAGGAAGAGGCUGUCAGCACCGGGCCGGCACUUCACGACCACGACGUGCAGCGUGUGCCUGAGGCGCUGGCGCAGGCUGAGGCCGGCCCGCGGGACGAUUGGCCGCAUCCCACCCUGUUCCUCCUUCCGCGAGCGUCUCUGGUGUGGUCAGGGGGCCCUGAAGGUGGUUCAUGCUCAUCUGCCUCUCACCGCAUCACGCAACCUAGUUUACGGGGUCUGGAUUUGGAAGUCUAGAGAAGUACAAGAUGUAGGGAGAGGAACGAGUUAGUCCAGUUGUCCGGCUGUCUUGCUGACUCUCUACAGGUUUUUAAAUGAGACGCCAAUCAUCAUCCCAGGAGGAACUAUUAGAGACAAGACAGACAGGUAAUGCUUUAUAAAAACGAAAAAAUUGUGGGGACUUCCCUGGCGGUCCAGUGGUUAAGACUCCGUGCUUCAAAUGCAGGGGGCGCAGGUUCGAUCCCUGGUUGGGGAACUGAGAUCCUACAUGCUGUGCGGUGCAGCCAAAAAAAAAAAAGAAAAGAAAAAGAAAAAAUUGUGAACGUAACACAUUCUGAACGCAGGAAAUUAGGAUGCAAAAGAAUAAAUCGGAAAGUGCAGGUCACCUGCAAUCACCAGGGGUGGCUCGGGGCUCAGGGCGAAGUUCACCGCGCCUUCCGGGGUGACCCCACGCCACGGGUGCAGUUAGUGCAGGACACGACACCAGGGGACAAAAUCACCACCGAGCAGGAGGAAGCUGGUGGGAGAUCCCCCUGUGCUGGGGUUGGAGACCCUCCUUACGGAUGUGGUCAUCCGUCCCGGGAGUCUCGGGAGGCGCAGGGGCCCCUUGCAGCCCCGCCACAUUCAGCGGAGGGUCUUUCUGUCCGGCAUCUGUGGCUUUGGGGUGUCAGUGUUCAGCUCCUGAGUUAAUGCUGAAGCUGUCUGCUAAAUGCAUCGUCACCUUGUCAGACUCAGGACUGGGCUGGCGGGACUGGGUCUUCUGGACCCUUAGGCAGCUGCCUGCUUCGUGGAGGGGCUUCCCCUGGGGGGCGUGGGGGGAGCUGAAGGUCCCUCCCUGGACUGACAGAGGUUACCCGUUGGAGCCCAGGCUUGGGAGUCAUCAAUUUGUGGCCUCCUGGGGUCCCCGAGCCCUGCCCAGCAGCCUGUUCAUCUCUGCCCAGCCCCCGGGGGCCUUGCAAAAGUGACAUCGGUGCUGUGCUGUCCCCCCCCUCCCUCACGAGAGUCUCCCCCUCCCCGUCACGAUGGCAGCCCAGCGCCCGUCAGGACCACCUUCUUCCCACCCUCGCUGCCCGCUGGCUCAGCAUCCCUCUCUACUUAGUUCUCACGCUGAGCCCAGCACACCUGACAGAUUUCAUCCCUAAGACAAGGGGUGGAAUUUCGGAAACUUCCUCCUUCCUUUCUAUUCAAGCCAAGUGCCCAGCUCCUCGCGGACAGCCCUGCACCGUCUCUCAAAAGUAACUGUCAGCCUCUCUGGAGCUCCCUCUGUGCAAUGUCACCCUCAGCACAGGGGUGGGUGCUAGGAUGCACCGGGGCACCCCUCAGCGUGACGCCUGCCCUUCCCGUCUCAGGGUACAGCAGACAGGUGCGCUGCAUGCGCGUAACACGUAAGCGGGAAAACCCUGGACCGAAAAGAUGGAAUUGAGAGACACCAUUGCAUGUUUGCACACUGUAGCCAGAUCCCAGUGUAACCAAAGAAGAGCUGCAGGCUGAAGGACAUUCAGCUGUCCCCGCCCAUGAGGGCCACGGUGCCCAAACGUUUCAGAUGCACCCACUCUCCCAGGACCAAGUGCACCAAAUUGGUCACGGUGGGUGGGCGGACAAGUCGUGCGUUGCGAUGCAGAAUUCAGCAUCUGGACAUCAGCGCUGCAGGUCUUGCGUUCUGGAGAGGCCAUCAUGCUUGGGGCCCAGGUCCUGACAUGCUAGGUCGGUGGGAACAAAACGUCCCUCAGUCAGCACCUUUGUUAUUUCCCAGCCAUGCCCCUGCUGAAAAACCGUGUGGGGAAGGUGAGGAUGGAAUAUAGAAGGUCAGAUGUGGCCAUUCCUGCUUUAAAAUGUCAUUACCAGUGCUAAUUACGGGCUUGUAUUUUCUGUUGUCUGUAGCUUUUGUCUAUAUAGCUGAAAAAAUAUUAAAAUCAAAUAUGAUGUAGGAAUGGGGUGGAAGGGAGGAAAUAAACACAAAUUAUAUUUUAUAUUUUUGCAGUUUCUACUGGAUGAAAAAAGUUUUCAAUAUCUAGACUGACUUGUUGAAUUUUUAAAAAUGGAUACACUAUAAUAUAACUUUUUGUACUGUUUUCUCAGUGCCUUUAGAAAGCUUUCAAAUACAUUUCUGAUACUGUGGUUUGUAUUAAAUUUGCAAUAUUGAUGUAAAAUAAAUCAUACAUUAGUACAUGUUUACUGUAAA